AGACGUAAAUAUGCUCCGGCGCCCUGUUUUCACCGGCGUCCCAAGCAAGCGCAUCAAGCGCCCGACGCGCCGCGAUUUGUGAUAAGCAAAAAAAAACAGAACUAAUUAUUAAGUAAGAUAAAAAUUGGCUCGAGAAGAAAUAAACUGUGUAGAACAGCUUGUCCUGGCCUGAGUCACUACAGUCAAUAAUGGCUGGGCGGAGAUGGCGCAGUGGAUGGAUAGCGUUUUUCUGCCUGAUAUCAGUUUCCGGUCAGAGUGUAAUUUUUGAGGAUACAACCACGGCGCCGGACGACGAGCCUCAGUUGUCCGUACGCACAUACGGCCAGCCUGUAAGGACGGGCGACUGGCUUGACACAGACCGAAUGCGCCGCCUGCCGUUGAACGAAGUGGUGACGGACCGCGUCUCUGCGCGCCGCAUGCACAUGUACGCGGCGCGCUACACGGCCGGCGCCAGCGGUACGAUGAAGAUCCGAGUCAGUGCCAUUGGUGAUCCCUUGCCCUCCGCUGACAUGCCGCUCUCAGUCAGCGUGCGAACCAGUGCCGGUGGGUACAGUUUCCCGCUUCCUCUACCUGCGGCGCGCCAGGACUCGAACGCGGCGCCAGCCACCAGUGUUUCCCGGAUCAUGUGUCCGUCCUCCGGGCGCGGUCGCGUGGACGCGCAGGACGCUUGCUUUGUCACGCUCGGUGUCGGCGGCGGCCCUGGGCCAGGCUAUCGCGAUGUGGCCUACGAAUACGAGCUGCGCUUGUCUGUGCUGAACGCCUCGCGCUGGUUCUUGGAGACAGACGCGCCGCCUCGCCAGUUGGCUGUCGCCGUGGCUGCGCCGAUCGUGUUCCAGUACCGCUGGCCCGAUGACCCAUCGGUGCGGAUGGUGCGUGUGGGUGUGGCUAGUGGUGACGCGCCGUGCACAGCUGACUCUCGGCCAUGUGCCGGCCCCAUCUGCGAUCCGGGCAUGGAAGGUGACGUUGGUGCUUGCGCGUCGCUGGCGGUGCAGAGGCCAAUCUGCCCGCUAACGCUGUCUGUAGGCGAUCUGUUGGCGGCGGCGUCACGACACCUCACCUUUACCGCCUGCGCCACCACCGUGGUGAAGCGCGACGAUCCCGACUUCGUCGACGGUUUCUUCGUCUCGGUGCUGCUGCAUGAGGACGACUCUGUGUGUUAUCCUGAAGGACGCCAGCGCAACGGCACAGCGUCGAUCACGAAACCGGUGCGCGUCACCAUCAGUCGACACGAUGUCGCGUACGGGAACAUCGCCAUCCCUGUGGUGCUGGCCAUCCUGUGUAUGAUCAUCGGUGCGGUUAGCUUUUCCAUCAGUACCCGUAUUCAGGCAAGAUUUGCCAGGAAAGCGAAGGAUCCCCACUCGACGAAAGAACACCGUAGCGACGGCGAAGAGCUGGAAGAAGACAUGGCGACGGAGGGUCGUCAGGCUUUGCAAGAAGAGCGCCCCGUGUCGGAACAAGUACCCAUGUCCAGUAACCUGCGCCCGGCCACAGUGCUUCUCACGUGCGCUUUCAUCAUCGUUGCGUUCGGCGUCAACAGCGUAGCGACAGAUGUGCGCAACGAACGCCGCUCGGGCAGUCUGGACACAUGCUAUCGCAAUGACCUGUGUCGCACCGACGGCGGCACGGUACCUGACUUGAACCACGUGCUUUCUAACCUGCCGUACACGGGGGCCGGCGCCGGCUUCCUGUUCGCCGUGUACGCCCAGCAGCGUAUGUAUGCCGCCGCGCAGCGGGACGCCUCCGUACCCGUCGGUGUGCCGCAUGACUUCUCACUGUUCGCCUCACUGGGCGUCGGUCUUAUGCUCGAGGGAGUCACCAGCGGCCUGUAUCACGUCUGUCCCAACAACCGCAACUCGCACAUUGACUUUUUCUUCAUCUACUAUCUGUACGCAGCAAUGGGCGCCAAGCUGUUUCAGACUCGUCGCGGUAUAACGUCUCGGUUCCACUACACUCCGGCACUGCUGGUGGCCGGCAUCACGCUACUCGGAUCGCUGCAAGACUUGGUAAGCUCUGGCCGCGGUCUGUGGAUUACCAUCAUGGUGAUUCAUAUGGUGUGUGCCAGUAUCUGGGCCUCGCUCAUGUACCUGACUGGCUACGUAGGCUUCACGGCCUUCCGUCGCCGCCGGCGUCCGGUGGACCGGAUCACCCGGCAGAUAGCGGUAACACACUUGGUCCUAAACGUCACGCUGGCCAUCGUCGGCCUGGCGGCGCCGUUCAUCUUUUCCGACUUCAGCAUGUACGCGCUACUGUUCUUCACGCUCAACUCGGGCUUGUACAUCAUCUUCUACAUGCUGGCCAAGAAAGUAGGCUACCGCGAGAGCCCCUCCUGGCUGUCUGUGCUGUUCAUGCUUCUGGGACUGGCUUGCAUGGUGCCUGCACUAGUGCUUUUCGUUUUCUAUAACCCGUACAACACGGUGGCGUCGGCAGCGCUCUCGCGCACCUCGAACAGACCCUGUUUUGCCGGCUUUUUCGACGCGCACGACGUGUGGCACUUUCUGUCGGCGGCGGCUCUCUUCUUCCUCCUGAUGGGGAUCCUGACUUUGGACGAUGAUCUGAUGAAGACGCCGCGCAAUAAGAUACCCGUGUUCUGAGUGUCAUAUUUUUCUGAUGAGAUCUGGUUUCACUUUGUUGACCUUACCGUAUAUAAGUGAAACCGUUUCAUCUGCUUCCAGACGUGGUCUCGGUGGGAAACUGGUUUGUAAGUGUCGUGUUUAAGGAACCAUUUUAACAUAGUUUUAAUUGCGACAUCUCCACAUCUAUGUCAGAUCAUCGUUGUCACUUUGAUCUAACCGUUGGCGCUGUGAACUAGUUAGUGGCACCAGUCUACUUAGCGUUGUGCCUACAUCUGUAGCCAUGACAUUGGCAUCAGGUACGCUGUAAGAGUUGCUCAUGUGACCAAUUGGUUGCGAGAAUGGCGAGCUUCGGUUGUGGAGCUGAUGGCUUUCGGGACUGUAUUUUCGGGUAAGGGUGCGGGCCGGGGCAAGUGUUGCUUUAUGUCCAUGAAAUACGCGUGCUUUAAGCCGAGCUUGAUUCGCAUAAUCAAAUGUGAUUCGCGAGCUUUUGCAAGCUUUUUGCUGAAUGUAGGUGAUAUUUUUAAGCUGUAAUAUUACGUAAUCUAGUUAGUUAGUGGUUACUGGUUCCUGUUCCCAACUGUUUUCUAGCCAAAUGCGCUUACCGCAAGGCUUAGGUCUAGUGAUUAUGAAUGCUUUAGUGCCUAUAUCAAUGCGAUGCGCAGUUUCGUCGCUCCUUGUCGACGCUUAUGCGGAAACCGUUUUUGGAUCUUCGGUGUUAAUUUGGAUGGACAUGUGCUACUGGCUUCCGUGAUUGUAAGGCGCUUAUUGUUGCUGACUGUGCCCGCCUAAGCUCGUCCUUUUACACGAUGGCGCGUGUACAUUUUCCAAUUAACCAAAUGUCUGCGUCUCGCUCAGAUCUCUGCGGAGAGCGGUGAUAUAUACCUACUUAUGUUUUGGGUGUGGCAUAUAAUUACGGCCCCUUUACCGCCGUUAAAAGGCCUGCCGGCUGCCGACAGAUAGAAGGCACCGCCUUUGCUCUGAAUAAUAGCAGAUCUUAGCAAGAUGUUUGGACACUAGGCUUACCAAGUCGUGUGCCUUACCUUACAUCUGUGUGCCUUAAGUUUUUGUAAAAAAAAGUUUGGUAUGGCGAAACGGGUAAAUGCAUCAUUGAGCCUUUACCUGCUAUUGGUUUUUCAUACCUUGUAAUUUGACCUAGUUAGCUAUAGGUACCUACUCAUUUGUCUAGCAUUAAACUUGAUGAUCCAUAUCGCGAAACUGGAUUAUGAACCGGUUCUACAUAGAAGAAGCACCAGCGCCGAUGAAUAGGUACGCUUGAUAUUGUGUUUUUUAGAUACCUGUAAGAUGCGAAUCAUUGGCUAUUGCCUCAUAUCUUGUGGAUUGAUGAUGCGCCAUAUGUAGGUGUGCUGUUUCUGCGCCUUCUAUCAGCUUACGAGCUUGCUGCUUUUUACCGUGAUCAAUGGUCAAACGAAAAAUAUAUAACAAAUUGCCCGUC